AUGACGGAUGUAACGCCUCCCUCCGCUGGUGCAGAUCAAGGGCCUAGGGAAGAAAGGUUGGCGAUUAAUCUACCUGUGGGCGAUGUCGAGAUGGAAGAUUUAUCUCAAGCUCAACCUAAACCCGCCAACCCAGACGCCAAUCUAGAUGCUCCAGAAUCCCAAAAGCACGAUUCCGAGUCUACACCGGCCCCAAUACCCGUACCGGAUAAGGAUCCGCCGAAUGACGAGUCCAUGUCAUUAAAAGCCAGUGGCAAGACCCAAACCGGCGGCGAAGAUCAUGAUCUGUCAAUAGACCCUGUCGACCCUGGUGCUGGGUCUCCAAAUGAUGAUUUGGUUGUCGAUAUAAUGCUUCUCUUAACCUCGGGCGCCCGACAUCCUUUUCGCAUUGACGAAAAAUAUUUGGCAAAGCGGAAUGUUACUGUGACGGGCAAGACAGAUGAUGGAAAGCUGGAUCCGUUCAGCAUCACGGUUUAUACCCUAAAAGAGCUGAUACUGAGAGAUUGGAGAAAAGAAUGGGACCAGCCACCAAGAGAACCUAGUGCUAUAAGGCUUAUUCACUUUGGUAAAUUGCUCGAAGACAGAAACCAACUUAGCCAUUACCACUUUAGCACGACUAGGAAUGUUGUUCACAUGACUAUCAAGCCGCAAGACUUGAUAGACGAGGAAGAAGCUGCUAAGAAGGUCAAAGAAUCCGGGAGCCAUACCGGCCGCAGCGGAUGCUGUGUCAUCUUAUGA